AUGGCCCCUCAAAGGAGGGCUGAGAUUCACUGUGCGCAGCUUCAUCGUCUUGUCAUACACUCCCCGUGGAUGGGCCAGGCAGCUUCGACUGCCUCCGGCGCCCAAACCCGCCUGGAAUCCAAUCACGGCCAUGGACGGGCCCACAACUCUCCGAUGCAAUCCAGAGAUUUUGAUUCCUCAGAUGACGUUGCCGGUGGAGAGUUCUCGGAUUACAUAUCGAACCUACCAGACGAAUGUUUGGCUUGCGUUUUUCAAUCCCUCGGAUCCAGAGAUCGCAAUCUAUGCUCGCUCGUCUGUCGCCGGUGGCUCCAGAUCGAGGGACAGAGCCGUCACCGUCUGUCCCUGAAUGCCCAAUCGGAACUCAUCUCCAUGAUUCCUUCUCUCUUCUCUCGCUUCGACGCCGUCACGAAGCUCGCUCUCAAAUGUGGCCGCAGCUCCGUGAGUAUAGGCGACGACGCGUUGGUCCUCAUCUCUUAUCGAUGCCAGAAACUCACUCGUCUCAAGCUCCGAGCUUGCCGUGAACUCACCGACACCGGAAUGGCAAGUUUCGCUAAAACUUGCAAAAAUUUGAAGAAAUUAUCCUGUGGAUCGUGUACUUUUGGAGCCAAAGGAAUGAACGCCGUACUGGAUAAUUGUUCAUCGCUCGAGGAAUUAUCUGUGAAACGCCUACGCGGAAUCACCGAUGGAGCUGCGUCUGAGCCGAUUGGGCCCGGUGUGGCCGCAUCAUCUCUUAAAGUUAUUUGUUUGAAAGAGCUUUACAAUGGACAAUGUUUUGGACCUCUGAUCACCGGCGCGAAGAACUUGAGGACGUUGAAGCUGUUUAGGUGUUACGGUGAUUGGGAUAAGCUUCUGGAAGCCAUUGCUGACCAUGUUACUGGAUUAGUUGAAGUUCAUUUGGAGAGGCUUCAGGUUAGUGAUGUUGGUUUAGCUGCGAUUUCGAAUUGUUUGAGUCUUGAAAUUUUGCAUCUUGUGAAAACACCUGAAUGUACUAAUUUGGGGCUUAAGACUGUUGCGGAAAAUUGUAAGUUACUAAGGAAGCUUCACAUUGAUGGGUGGAAAACAAAUAUGAUUAGUGAUGAUGGAUUAAUUGCGGUUGCCAAACACUGUCCUAAUUUACAGGAAUUAGUUCUUAUUGGUGUGAAUCCAACCAGGGUGGGUUUAGAGAAUUUGGCUACGAACUGUUUGAAUUUGGAAAGAUUAGCUUUGUGUGGAAGUGAGACUGUUGGGGAUGAGGAGAUUUCGUGCAUUGCUGCGAAAUGUAUAGCAUUGAAGAAGCUCUGUAUUAAGAGUUGUCCGGUGUCUAAUCAUGGUAUGGAAGUGCUUGCUAGUGGUUGUCCAAAUUUGGUGAAGGUGAAACUGAAGAAGUGUAGGGCCGUGACAUCUGUGGGUGCAGAUUGGUUGAGGGCGAGUAGGGGAUCUCUGGCUGUGAUCUUGGAUACCACUGAACCUGAGAAUGUGGAUGCAAGCGCUAGUGAAAAUGGUGUGCAGGAAAUUCCCAUGGAGAACCCUCAAGUAGUUGCUCAAGUUGGUAAUGGUGAUGUAGCAUCUCGCAGUACUGGGAGGUCGACUUUGUUCAAGGCGAGGUUAGGGCUUACUGCUGGGAGGAAUUUAGUGGCUUGCACUUUCAGAAAGUGGUCAAGCUCCGGUGGCAGUUCCCGAAAUAGUUACAGAGGGGACUGA